AUAUCCGAACGGGAAAAAUAAACUUGAGUUGUCUUCAUGACAUUCCGGUUUGAAUUCUGUGAUUUUAUAACUAUUCUACCGUCUUGACUACACAGAUUAUUGCAAUAUAUUGACAGCUAUGUCAUCUCAACCACUUUUUGCCUGCACAAAAUGCAACAGCCGCCAUCCGUUCGAAGAACUGUCUCAGGGACAACAACUCUGUAAGGAAUGCCGUGGAGCAUAUCCAGUCGUUAAAUGUACAUAUUGCAGAGCUGAAUUCCAACAAGAAAAUAAAAGUAGUACCAAUUCAAUUUGUAAAAAAUGUUCAGAAUUCGUGAAAAAGUACGGAACGCCGAAGUCUUGCGAGUAUUGCAAUAUCAUAGCAGCUUUCAUCGGUAACAAAUGUCAGCGCUGUACAAAUUCAGAAAAGAAAUAUGGUCCUCCACUCACAUGUGAACAAUGUAAACAAGGAUGUGCGUUUGACAGGACAGAAGAUAGAAAGAAGGUGAAUGGUAAACUCUUAUGCUGGUUGUGUACAUUGUCAUAUAAGAGGGUAUUACAGAAAGCCAAAAAACAGAAUCACAGUACAUCGGGAAGCAGUGGUAGUCAUCGACACAGCUCAUCACAUGGUUCAUCGCAGCAUUCCCAUCACCACCAUCACCAUCAUCACCAUCACAAAAAUAGUACAAGUACUCAUCACAAGUCUAAAAGUCAUGAUAAACACAAAUCUCAUCGUGAACAUCAUCACCAUCAUCAAAAUAAAAGAAUGAAAACUGAGCACUCAAGCAAUGGUGUUAUUCCUUCCAAUUUAAACUCUGCCACCUCAGUGUCAUCAGAUAUUACUUUUAUGGAUGCCGGCAAUACCGAUCACAUGGUUGCCAUGACACAACUUAGGGAACAAGUUGCUAGUUUAAAGAAACAACUCAAUGAGAAAGAUAAAGUGAUACUGGAAAAAGAUAAGAAGAUUACCGACUUAAAAGCCCAGCUGUGGGAGACGGAGAAAUUACUCAAAAAUAAAAUAACCACUGUACAGAAAACUCACCUGGAUGCUAUUGAAGUAUUGCAAACUAAAAAUCGUAAUUUGACAAAGCAGUUAUCACAGGUGUCAAAGAAAGAGUCCAAGUCUUCAUAG